AUGUCGCGGACUGUUGAGAUCACCGUAAUGUCAGCGGAAGACUUACGAAUCGACAGGAAGCCAGUGAAGAAGGCGACAUUCGCCACCGUGAAAUUCGAUCGCGGCGGAGGAACGGAAAUUGACGAACAAGGCGGCAGAUGUCUGGUGUUGGACAUGCCGGAGGAUGCAAUGUUCUUGACGAUCGAGGUGCAUUGCGGAUCUUCUUCGAAGAACAGGAUCGUCGGAACUGUGAAUGUUCCGGUGUUGGAUUUUCUCGGACGAUUCAAGCCGGAAAAUUAUUUGCAUCUACUGAGUUAUAGGUUGAGAGAUGGAAACGGUGAACGGAAUGGAAUCAUUAACAUUUCGCUGAGGGUUAAGGUACCGGAAUCGGAAUCGGCGAUAACUUCACAAGCAAUAGUUGGAGUUCCGGUGGCGGAGACGGCGAGAUUCGGUCGGAAUUGUGGCGGCGGCGUCGUGAUCGGAGUUCCUCUUUGGAAUGCUUACUCUUAUAAAUCCUGAUGGAAUUAAUUUUCAGAUGAAAUUGAAUUCAAGGAAUUCCUCGUGGAA